AUGUCCGGAAAGCUCGACCAGUCUCUCGACGAGAUCCUCUCCACCCAGCGCCGCGGCAAGUCUACCGCCCGCGGCCGUGGAGGCCGCCGCUCGGCCGGCGGUAAGCCCGCCAAUGCUGCCCCCGCUGGCGGUGUCCAAAAGAACACAAAGCCCGCUCGCAACGCUGCCAAGCCGGCGCCCGCCAAGAGUGCUGGUUUGACCGGCGAGAGCAAGAUUAUUGUCAUCAACCUGCCCAAGGACGUUUCCGAAGGCCAGAUCAAGGAAUACUUCCAGCAAGCUAUUGGACAGGUCAAGAGGGUGGAACUUUCGUAUGGGCCCGGAGGCGCUAGCCGCGGUAUUGCUCAUAUCACCUUCCACCACGCCGAUGGUGCUACCAAGGCGUACAACGCUCUUAACGGUCUCCUGAUCGACAACCGCCCGGUCAAGGUCGAGGUCGUCGUUUCCAAUGCUGAGUUGAUCCCUCAGCCCAAGAGCUUGACUCAGCGUAUCACGCAGCCCAAGGCCCAGCCCAAGUCUGCCGCCACUGUCAAGCAUGCUGCCAACGCCCCCAAGGGUGCUGCUGCUGCCAAGCCUGGCAACAAGAAGGGCCCCCGUCGCCCUCGUAACGCGCGCCCUGCCAAGAAGACUGUCGAGGAGUUGGAUUCCGAGAUGGCUGACUACUUCGAGGGUGGCAACACUGAUAACGCCAACGGAGCCGCGCCGGCCGCUGCUACCGGUGGCGAUGCUCCCAUGGAGGAUGAGAUUCUCUGA